ACGGGAGGCGGGAUCAGCGCUACGAUUGGGCGCGGGCGCGGGCUAGCGGCGGCGGGCAGUCCGACUGGGCCAGGGCCAGGGCCGGCUCCAUGGGGCGGCCGCGGGGCCGCGAGGGCCGAGCGGACGGGGCCGGGUCCCUGCCCGAAACUAUCGCCACGCUGAGCCGGGUACUGCCCGCCGGGCCCAGUCCCGAAACCUUUCGCCGAGCCAAGUUCGACCGUCCGGAGGCGGCCCCCGCGCUCUGGCGGCUGCUCGCGGAUGUGCUCUCGCCGAGCCCGGCGCCCGGCGCCUCGCUACCUCUAGAGGCCCAGGUCCGCCUGGCGAAGGCCGCCCUGCGCUCUCAGGGCUACCCGCGGCGGGCGCUGGCGCUGCUCCCCGAGGAUGGCUCGCAGGGCAGCCGGGAGCUGCUGCUGGCCCUGGCCUGGCUCCUGGCGCACGGACCCCUGCUGGAGCAGCUGCUGGAGCGCUCCCGCCUGCGUCUGGGCGAUGAGCUGUGUGUGUGCCAGUGUGAGGACCCGGCCAGCCCGGGCCUGCCCACCCCCUGUGUGGACGCAGAUGGCCGUGUGGACAUCCGCCAGCUGCAGUGGCUGAUGGGAAAGCUGCGGUUCCGCUGGCGCAGCCUCUUCUCCAUGCAGCAGGAGCAGUGCGCCCUGCUGGCCAAGAUCCACAGCUAUACGCGGGGCUGCCAUGGGGACCGGAUACUCGGCCACCUGUCUGUGGUGGAGACGGAGCUGCUCAGGAACCCGCGGCACGGCCAGCAGCUGCUUCGGAGCCUGGAGCAGGAGAACGUGCGUCUGGAGGCCGCUGUGGCAUGGAGGCGCCACCAACUGGUCUUCUGGCAGUGGGCGGACACUGUGCUGAGGACUUGCCCCCCGGACUCCCCGCGGCCCAGGAUCCCUACGCAGGGGACUGGUGAGCUGGAGCUGUUGUCGCAGGAGCUGCGGGCCCUGCACGAAGAGCUUCAGGAUGUGGCCGAGUCACGGCGGGCAGCCUGGGAGGCUCGGAGGUGCUGCCGGCUUACUCCUGGCUCUAUGUCAGGGAUCACUUCUGGUGGUGCUCAGGGGACCCUAUGGGAUGCCGGGGCUCAAACCCUGGGCAGCCAUGUGCAAGGAAACCCUAAGGAAUCCGCAGAAGCCGUUAGGACAGGUGAGCGACGCUGCUGGCUGCGUGGUCUGAGACGUCCACUGGGCUUGAACUCACGGUGACGAGCAGCUCCAAGGGGCCAGGAAAGCGACUGCAUUUGCAACAGCAUCAAGUCGAACCCGAGAGGCUGGGCAGGAAACAAGGAGCUAAGCACAAGUUUACACGCAGCAAUCCUGAGUUUGAUUGGUGGCACCUCCUGGUCCUCAGUGCCACCCUGAGUGACCCUGGAGCACUGAGCUGGAAGUAGCUCCUGGCCACUGCCAGGUGGGACUCAAAAGGCAAGAGGGAGAAAAGAGCCCCAACCCUGAGAACUCAACAGUGGCCCUGCUGAUGGGUGGGAGAGUCACGGAGGGCCAGCCUGGGCUCCAGGUCGCCUCUAGAGUCAGCGCUGCCAUUCCUCCCAGAAUCCCACUGGGCUGUGCCAGAUCAACAGUCAUCUGAGAUCCUGGAGAGAUGCGAGGAGCUCGGGAUGACCCAGGGUUUCAAAAAGAACUCGGCUGGAAGAUUCACGGGGGUCAGUUAGGAAACUUCCCGCAGAGCGUACACUACUGUGUGGCCGGCACAGCAGUGUCCACACAGAGCAGACUGGAAAUGGUCUUGUGGCCAGUAGGGUGCUUGCCUGGCACCCCGGGGACCUGCAGUAGAUGUGGCUGAGACUUGGAACUGAUGUUGCAGAAAUGUGCCCCCUCAGUGUUUUGAGUCCGAGGGGUGACUCUGGGGGUGUCCACCAGUCCUUGGUGUUUGGGCAGUCAGCUGUGUCCCCUGUCUGACUGCCCUCGUCAGGAUACUGGCCCUUGGGUUAGGGAAUCUCUGAGAAGACAAUAGCCGUGGGUACUGGGGAGGAGGGCACUGCUUCCCCCACCCCCCAGUAGAUCAUCUUGUUUUGGGACCACGCAGGCAAUGCUCUGGAGCUACUCCUGGCUCUGUGCUCAGUGGUGACCCCGGGCAGUGCUGAGGAGACAAAGGGAGUUGACUGGCUGCUCAAGGCGAGCUCCUCAACUCUUGUCCCAUCUCCUGCCCCAGCAGCAGAUCUGUUUUGGGUCAGUUUUCACAGCAGACCACUUUCUUACAUAUGCUGGACAUUUGACACGGAAUGGGUCAGCCAUCUAAAUGUGAAACAAAACUAAGAUUUGUGGGAGAGAAUUUGAGACUUGUUUAGGCAAAGCCUUUUUCUUAUUUUUAUUUUGAGGCCAUAAAGGCAGUGCUCAGGGGCUGCCCCAGCUGUGCUUGGGGGUCCCCCAGUCAUACUCCAGGGAUCAGGUGGUCUGGGGGUCAGACAGGGGCUCCCCAGCAAAGCCUGUGCUGAGCCAUUGAGCUCUGCCCCACCCCUCAGCAGGAGCUUUUUGACAUGACAAGCACAGAGCACAGAAGAACUGCUGGGGGGGGGGCGGAGGGAGGGCAGGAGGCAGGAGACGUUGGGGCACUGCCACUUUGGGGAUCCCCAGCACCAAAUGUGAGAUCUCUAGGACUCCCAGCCAGGCAUCCACAGCCAACCUGCACCCCCCACCCCGCCCCGCCUCGCCACCUUCCUAUGGCGGCAAGAGGAAGGGAGAAGUGGGUGUUUCCGUUUUGCAGUCCAGUGUUUGUUUCUCUUCUUUUGGCUUUUGUGCUACACCUGCUGUGCUUACUCUUUUUUUUUUUUUUGCUUUUUUUUUGGGGGGGUCACACCCGGCGAUGCACAGGGGUUACUCUUGGCUCUUCACUCAGGAAUUACUCCUGGUGGUGCUCAGGGGACCAUAUGGGAUGCUGGGAUUCGAACCCGGGUUGGCCGCGUGCAAGGCAAAUGCCCUACCCGCUGUGCUAUCACUCCAGCCCCUACUCUUUUUAUUUUUUAAUUUAUUACUUUCAUUUUCUGUUUUCAGUCCACACCCAGUGGUUCCUGGGGCUGGCUCCUGGCCGGCCCUAUCUACUGUACUAUCACUCUGGUCCCUCAGGGCUUACUCUUGGCUCUGCACUCAGGAUUUACUUCUUGUGGGGCUCAGAGGACCUUAUGGGGUUCCGGGAUCUAAUCUGGUUUACUUCAUGCACAGCAAGUGCCCUUCCCACUGCACCAUCUCCCCGGCCCCAGCCACUUGGCGUUCCUUGGGUCCUGGAAACAGCUCAGCAGGAAUGCCCGUCUUGCAGGAGCGAGGCUGUGAAUUAGAUCCCAGACGCCACCCUCUGAGUGUUGGGUGCACCCCUUGUGGAACAGCAAAGUAGCAAAGUGUCCAAUCCCCGGGACACUGCAGUCCAGUGUGCCCAGCCCUGCUGUGUACAGGACACUGGAAUUAGGAUUUUGCGCUGCAUUUCCACAACCUUGACUCCUUAAUGAAGAGACUAGACUUUCAUUCCUCCCUCUUUUUUCUUUCCUUUCUUUUUGUUGUUUUUGGCACUCUUGCCAGUUCUUAGGGCUCACUCCCGGCUCUGUGCUCGGGGCUCACUCCUGGCUCUGUGCUCAGGGCUCAUGCCCGGCAGUGCUGUGGACCCAACCUAGGGUGGCACUUUGCACAGUAGUGCCCUAGCCCUGUACUCUCCUCUAGCCCUUAGUCAGGCGUUUCUUGAGAGCCUUUGGGGUUUUCUUCAGACUAUUUCCCACGCAGUUUUCGUUUCCGUAUGUCCUUUCCCCACUGCAGCAGCGAGGACUGCCUGCAGCGGGCAGACUGGCCGCUUGUCCAUGCUCUCAGGGCAAAGCGUGUAUGUGUCAGAGUAGGGCCGCCUUGUUUUCUUGGCCUCGAGGGUACACUCUGCUGCUAGUGUGCUGAAAUGCUUCCGGUGGACGAUGCUGCCCUGCGUCUGGGGACGGUGCUGCUUCGGCCACUCGGGGCCACCAGCAUUGCUUGCACACAUUGCACUGGCCUGCAUUCCUGGGGAGCCUCCUAUGAGCGGGUAUUUGCUUAUUUUUGUGUUUUUUGAUUUCCCGUGGCAGGAUUUUGCUGAAGGGCUGGGGUGAGUGCAGAGGGACCCAUGCCACUCCCUAGGUGCUCCCUGCAUUUGUGGACACCAGUGCUCCCUUACUGAGGUGCCCAGGACAACUCGGCUUCUCCUGGAGCUCAGCCUCAGGCUGGGUUCAUUUCCGGCUCGUGGGCAGGAUUGGUCCAGGUUGGGGUUCUGGAAGACCCUCGGAUUCAGCUUGGCAGGGCUCUAUUCUGGUCUCCUACCUGCUAGGCUUGCUUUAAGAAUCCGCGGCUGUCCACUGAUGUGGGGACCUGGCAACCACCAACCCUGGCUGAGUGUCUUCCCCCACCCCUGCAUGUCCGUGUCACUCUCCAAGAGUGUGUGUCCGAUUGUGCACCCGACUGACCGGUUUGGCUCCCAGCAGUUCUCAGGGGCUACUCCUGGCUUGCAUCAAACCCAGUGCAUCAAACCAAGCCUGUAUUCAGGCUUGCGCUGGGCUGUGUUUGGGCGUCCAUGCAAAUCCUGCUCCCAGCUGUUGAGCUCUUUCUGCUCCUCAGGUGUGCACUUUAUUCUAUGUCUUGGGGAGGGGCAUCGGCACCUGAUGCCCGGCACCCCGAGAGGCCAGAGGAGAGAGGCUUGGCCUUGCACGCGCCUGACCCAGGUUCGAUCCCUGGCAUCUCAAAUGGUUCCCCAAGCGCUACCAGGAGUGGUUCCUGAGUGCAGAGCCAGGAGUAAGCCCUGAGCAUCAGCAGGUGUGGCUCCCAAACAAGAGGCACUUCAGAGCUUGUCCUGCACCCUGCACCCAGGGAUUACUCCUUAUGGGGCUCAGGGACCCUUUGUGGUGCUGGGGAUGGAAUGGGGGUCACUGCAUGCAAAAAGCGCCCUACCCACUGGACAGUUUCUCCAGCCUAGUCUUGGUGAGUACAAUAAAGACCAAGACUGGUCGGUCUUUAUUGUACUGAAAAAUACAAUGAAAUGGGCUUUUCCACCUUAAGUUUCGGCACCAUGGU